UCAGAAGCGAGAUGAUAAUAAUUACAAAUCAAAUUGAUGGAUUGAGAUUUUUUAUCUGGAUGCAAAUUCCCCCCAAAAGCAGUGCGAUAACCAGCCGUUAUGGCGUGGGGUGGGGGGACCCGGUGAUGUCAAAGCUGAUGUAGAAAUGAAAUGGGGAAGCCUGCCGAUCUCGGGUGCCUUCUGCAGCAAUAAAGCAAACGAGUGAACCAGAGACGCUGAUUUGACUAAUGGGCUGCCGGUGCGUUUAGGGCCAGCUUGUACAGUCGAAACGCGUCCUGGCUCGUUGCUGCUGCAGCUCCGGGUCUACUGAUCGAGUGCUCCCUGCCCUACACAGCCUGUAUCUGAUCGUCAUACAGAGGUUCCCCCCCCUGCUGCAUGCGUAACAUCUCUCCAAGUCCAGCCGCGGUGCUCACCGAGACCUCACCGCUUGGAUCUCGUCUUCCUCCACAGAAUACGCACGACCCGCGCUGAGCGAACCGCCGAGGCGACAUUUAAACGCCAGGAUUUACCUCCUCUCCUCGGGUUGAGUCCAGACCAAAACGAGGCUGGGAUUUCCUCUUAUCAUUUGAUAUUUGACAGAUCCUCUAUUUUCGUGUGUGUGUGUGUUGGGUGGAGUCAGCCUGGAAUUCUCCAAAUUGGAAAACCAUUGGCACAUUUCAGGAGCACCAUGAAGGACGGUAUCGCCAACAACAGCACGGCCAGCAUCUCCCAUGCCAGGAAAGCUGUGGAGCAGCUGAAGAUGGAGGCCUGCAUGGAUAGGAUAAAGGUUUCCAAAGCGGCUGCAGACCUGAUGGCGUACUGCGACGCCCACAUACGCGAGGACCCCCUCAUCGUGCCCGUCCCCGCCUCCGAGAACCCUUUCCGGGAGAAGAAGUUCUUCUGCACCAUCCUCUGAUGACCUGCCGGUCGAGCUGUAUGGGUGCAGGCAUGGCGUUGCCUGUCUUCUCUGUCUUCACCACACCUGAAGCUACUGGCCAUAGGCGUUGAGUUUUGCCAGGUGGACACUCUGUUGUUGGUCAGCUCUGUCCUGGUGGUUGAAGGUUUUGGGGGAGUCGACUACCAAACUGGCAACCCAAUGAGCGUAUCAUGUCUUGUUAAAUAGGUUUGUUAUUGCUUUGUUAUUAGAGAACAGCCUUGCUCAGUGCUUCAUGAGAUGAGUUUUGUUUUCUUCUUUUAUUGUACUAGAACUUAACAUGCCUGAGGAAACAGAUUUGUCCAGUGUCUACAACAAUUAAAAAAUAUGUAUUUCCCUUUCCUUCAUAUUUGUAUUAUCUUGAACAUAACCUGAGUUAGUUUGUAUUGCUUUCAGUGCACAUGUUUGACUAUUUGUAGUGAAAUAUUAUUGAAAGUACUACUUGAGACUCCUCACUCGUGGUUUCUCUCUCAAUUUCCCUCCAGAGUCACAAACAAUUAACCUGCUGGCGUUGGUGUCGCACGGCAGUCAGAUUAGAGCCCAGAAAUACAGAAACCUUUUCUCUAGCAUAGUCUAUUAUUUGUUUGUGCCAACUGCUCUGGUAAUAAGGAGGCGGCUGCACAUCAGUUCUGCUGCAAAUGCAUAAAUAGGCCAUGUAUUUAUUGAAAGGUGCAGCGCUAAUGUUUCAACAGGGAGGUGAGAUCCUCAGGGUUGUCAGUGUGCAAACAACCUUCUUAGGUUAAGACGUAUUUAUGAAUCUGCCACCUCCUUCUCAGGCCCACUGUAAUGCAUUCUGCCCCGGCUGCUCCUUUUGAUUUACUCGUCAGAGACUUCGUCCUCUUCAAAUCAGAGACGGUUAUCGGUUAAUCCUGCAGCCCCUGACUGGAACAUUCGCAGGAGAUCUUUUCCCCUCAUUUCCUCAACAGUCUUGUUUGUUUUCUGGGCAUGUUUCCUGAGCCUGAUUCUUUUUGCCUGUCCUGAGCGUGAAUGGCAAGGCCUUUGACAUUAAUGCCAACCCAGAGGCCUGCAUGUUCCUCGGCUCCUUCUCGACAGCCUCCUCUGUUUCCAAGGGACUGUCAGUCUUGUAGAGUGUACAGUAUGUUACAGUGCCAAGUUCUGUGAGAGCAGUAGGAUCUUCACACUGUGCUCCCACAGCCUUUUUUUCUUUCUUCCCGUUCUGUUUGGUUUUUUUGGAAGAAAAAGCACACUGUCGAAACUUUUCCUUUACAUGGUAGUUGAAUAGCAUUUGCUAAUUUUUACGAUGACUUGUUAUGAUCGUUAUUAAUAUUGUUAUUAUCAGUCGUAUUAUUGAGUAUGUGUUGCACAGCACUGACAGCUCCAUGACGUGUAGUGCUACUAAGCUUGUAUGAUACUUAGGAAAAGAAAAAAACACAUUUAUAAAUCAUGCAAUUAUUGAUACUAUCUGACUAUUUUUUAAGAAUAACGGUAAGGGUCGGUUUACAUAAUAUAAUAUGAUCCCUUCGAUGGUUGAGGGUUUUUGCAUCAUCUGUAAAAAUUAAAAGAAAUGCCCUCUUGGUACUUAAUGAGCCAUCGCUAAGGAAUCAAAGUGAAACUGGACUGUCUCAAAGUAUUCAGACUACUCAAAUUGUUUUCAGGAUAGUUUGUCUUUAUUUCCGAAAUCAAAAAACCUGACCUCAGGGCGCUUCCACUGACCUCAACUUAAGGAUGGUGCCAAAUCUGAAACAAUAAAUAUAAUCGUUAGAGAUGAAUAUUGCAUGGAUUUAUUUCUAUCUUUAAUAGAGAGAACUAUUAUGAUAUGAAAUAUUGCCUCUUAGUUGACUUUGAGUGCUACUUUGCACAUAAUAAUUUCCCUGGAGUACGGUUAUGUCGACAAUGUGCAGCUGUAUUCAUGAAUGGUAUUGUUUUGGUCAAAAAAUGAAAUAAAAAAUGGCAUUUAAAUAGCAGGCUUUGUAAAUCCUUCUGAUGGAUCAAAUGAAUUAAAGGAAAACGGCAACCCCAA